AUGGCCCUGAUUCGGUUGCCAUGUAACUGCUCGAGCACCUUCCAACUGCCCCUGGAAGCUGUUCCGGGCCAACCGGCCACCAGCAGCCAGUGGCCACCAGCACAGCCGGGGAAAGGGAAGGCCCUGGGGGAGCAGAGGCAGGAGCCCCCCGGUCCAUGCCCUACCUGGGGGUGUCUCCUACACACCGCUGAGCCCGUGGGCCGGCAGGGCUGUGCCUGGCGUGCCUCGGGGCCGAGCUGCACCAGGAGGCCCUGGGCUCCCAGAGAGCUGCUGGUGGCUGGAGCAAUGGCUGCUAGGGGCAGUGAGGACCUGCCGGCCUACUUCAGCGUGCAGUACAAGCAGAAUCUCCUGACCCUGCUGAAGAAACUCAGACUGACAGAGGAGGACUCUCUGAGUCCAUUUAUCUGCCUCCAGGAGAAGAAGAAACAAGCCCAACAGAUGCAAAAGACUCUGGAGGAGAAGGAGGAGGCCUUCAGGGAGAGGAUGGAAGCCAUCGCCUGCCGGUGGAGGGACCUGCAGAUCAAGGAGGCUCAGCUCAAAGCUUACAUGAAGAAAUCUGGGAGGGUCCUACAGGAAAAUGAUAAACUGCGAAUCCAAGCUCUAAAGAAAGCCAGCAGGGAAAGAGAGAUGAAGAUGCAAAAGCAGAGUGAGCUUUUGAGAGCUAAGAAGGAACUGGAAGCCCUGAAAAAUAAGCACCAGAAACUCAGCGACAGAGUGCAGAAGUACUCCAUCUUCAGCAAGUACCUGGAGGACGUGGUGAAGGCCUCGCACUUUGAGGAGAUCCAGACAGUCAUUUGGCGCUACAAGAUGCUGGUGAGAAUGCGCAAAGACCUGCUGCAGGCAGAACGGGGGCGCAGGGAAGCAUCUGAGCAAGCCAAGGAGCUCCUGGCCCAGUACAUUGAAGAGAAAGAUGAAGAGAUCCUGCAGUACAACAACGAGCUGGCUCAGCUCAAACUGCGCUUUGAUGAGGCUCACAGUGAUGUCCUCACCUGGGAGUCUUGCUGGGCCCACAUCCAGAACAUAGCUACCCAGAGAACCCUGGAGCUGGGGACCAUCAGGAUGGCCAUCCUCAACCUCUUCCAGUGCAUUAGCAAGCAGAUGAAAAGAAGCCUGAACGUGCCAGUGGAUGACAACCACAUGCAGCUGGACGUGGUUCAGCAGUUUAUCCAAGACCUCACAGACAUCUCUAUGGAGGUGAAAAGGAAGGACAUACAGAAACACCAACGAGCAGCUAAGGCUACAGAACUAUAAGGGACGUGCCACCUUGACCUGGUCUGCCAGCCAAGGCCCGGCAGGGUGGGAGGGCAAGAGGACAGAGGGCCCCAUGGAUCUUGUAGACUCCACCAUAGGUUAUGCCAAUGAAGCUUCAUACCUUUCUGGCGCUUCUUUCCUGUAGAGUCACUGAGACCUUUUCAUACUAUUAAAAAUAGUUACAUGUUUUAA